AACCUCUUUCUCUUUCUAAAACCGCAAUCUCUUUCCCUUCACACACGUUCUCUUUCUCUCCCCCCUCCCCCCUCUCUCUCUCUCAUCCCAAAAAGGUAUGGCUCAGAAGAGAGAGAUGGAGGAGACCGAGCUCAAAGUUCCUGAAACCUUGACCCUGUGCACACCGCCGAUCCCCGCCGCCUCUUCAAAGAUGUCCGCUUCAGAUGACCGUAGAUCGUCGCCGGAUAGAUCGGAUCCGAAGAGCGGUGUUAUCGUUGACUUCAGACCGAACUCCGCUGCCUCGCCGGAAAAGUUGGAUCUGCCUCAAAAACGACGAUUGGAGGUGGUGGAUCCGUUCGAUAAGAGCGUCUGUGACAUGUUUAAGAAGCGGGAGGUGAACAGGUGCUCAGGUUGCAAGAGGAAGGUUGGACUGAUGGGGUUUAGGUGCCGUUGUGGCGAGAUGUUUUGUUCCGAGCACCGAUACUCCGAUCGACAUGACUGUAACUACGACUACAAAGCCGCCGGACGUGAGGCUAUCGCUCGCGAAAAUCCAGUUGUUAGAGCGGCGAAAAUUCUCAAGGUAUGACGCGGAGUCUGGAGAGAGACAAAACGACAUCGUCUGGAUAAUCAAUUCAUCUCGUUUUCGCAUCUCCGUUGUAAAAAUAUGGGGCGGAGCUUAGGAACAGAAAAAGUAGCGAAAGAUAGGGUGCUUACGUCACGUUUUUCCGGUGGGAAAAAAAAGGAAGGGUGGGGUUGGGGGUGUGGGGUAUGGUAUGUGAAAUUUGAUAAAAGAAAAAAAAAAGUUGAGGGUAAUAUUGUCAAUUUGAUUUAUCAUGUUAGUGGGACUUUUCAUGAAUUACGGUGCUUAAUAUUUUUUAUUAAAUUUAUAAUCAUUAUUUCGCUCUCAA